AUGGACAUAUAUGCUAUGGUACAUACUUGUAGAGAGAUUGCGUGUUGGAGGAUGGUGGGAGAGAGAUCGACACAGAGGAUCAGAACAGAAUAUCUUACAGCAGUGCUGAGGCAAGAUAUUGGAUUCUUCGACACUGAAGUUACUACAGGAGAUGUUAUGCAUGGAAUUUCUAGUGAUGUUGCCCAAAUUCAAGAAGUCAUGGGGGAAAAGAAUGCAUCAGGUAUAUGCAAGAUUGUUUCCCCAAUAAGCGCUUCAGUCCCUGCUGGUGUUGUUUUGAUGAAGGAGAAACCCGGAUUUAAGUUCACUACAAGAGUUCAACCUUUUCGACUUUCUGAGUGGGAUAUAGAUGACAAAAUCACUUUUUUUAUGAGUGGCAGGAGCUAUACCCUUCGGGAGUAUGAAAAGAUGGCAAAUAAGGUUUUUGCUCGGAGAUACUCCAGUGCCGGAUGCCUUCCUACUAAAUAUCUGGAAGAAGAGUUUUGGCAUGAAAUUGCCUAUGGCAAGACUGAGACUGUUGAGUAUGCAUGUGAUAUUGAUGGCAGUGCCUUCUCAUCUUCGCCUACUGAUGAACUUGGAAAAAGCAAGUGGAACUUGAAGGGCCUUUCUCGACUGCCCAACUCUACUUUACGGCUACUGGGGAAUUUGAAAGUUACAUGA